AUAAUCGCCUUAGCAGUUUUAAUUCUAAAAAAUCACUUUCACCUCCAGCGUGAUGUCGGACCAAAGAGCUUUGGCACAGAUAACAUACACACCGCUGCUUGUCACCCGGACGGACCCACGAACGCUGUCCAGCUUAAGCGAUACACGGCGCCAACGCAAAAUGUACCUGCAGCGUCCAACAUAACAAACAAAACCGUCGUGGACAAAAAGUGAAAGAAAUAGCAAAAAAUAAAAAGAUGGCUGAAGGCCCUAGACUGUCCGUUCUACUGGUGUUGUUUGUUCUCAACUGGGCAAAUUCCGAAAACAUAACACGAUGCGAGAACACGCCGAUGAAACGUGUAAUUUGCCAGUUCGGCACCGCCAAAGAAAUAGCCGACCUGAACACGUGCCUGUGCACUCACGUGGCGGUUCCCGUGAGUUUGGAGUCGGAAAAAGACGACGAAACCUUGGACUUGACGACCGCCAUCAAGUCGUACAAACGGAGCAACGCCGGGCUCAAGUCGCUGGCCGCGGUUCCAUUGUACGCGGAAGACGUGGCAAAGAAGUCAAACCAGAUUUGCAAGGAGAUCGUCGACGUGCUGGCCGGCUACGACGGCGUGCAAUUGGAUCUAAGACAAUCCGACGUGUCCGUUGAUAAAUCACUGGUCGUGCACUUUUUCAAGGAAUUAUCCUCAGAAAUAGACAAUCAUUUCCGGAUAGUAAUAACUAAUAACUAUACGGAAACCGUUCAAAAAUCAAAAGAAGUUCAAUUAGUGCUUCCCCCUAAUGCGGCUCUCUUGUCCAAACAAUACGACCUGAAAAAAUUGUCUAAGUUUGUGGAUUUCUUCAUAAUUGCCACGCAUAACCUUAUUGAUGUCUCCCAACAAGCAUAUACUUACCAUCCAAGCAGGUUGAUGGGCGCUGACGAUCUGCUAAAUGCGGACGCUCUUGUCGAUCUUGUCAUCGGUCUGGGAGUCGAUCAUUCUUCGUUGAUUUUAUCGUUGCCGUCUACGGCAAGUAAAUUCACAUUAAAAGACCCACUCAAAAACACUCCUCGGUCGCCUGCAGUGGGCUUUCCGACUACUAUAACGCGUCAAAAGAUGUGCGAAGAGAUGAGAGAUGGUAACUGGACGGUCGAAAGAGACGAAGACUUCACUGCUCCGUAUGCUUUUAUGAAUACAACCUGGAUGGCAUUCGACGACAGUGUUAGCGCGUCAAUCAAGAGCAAAUACGUUCUACUGCGCGAUCUGGCAGGAAUAGUAGUUACCGAUGUCGAAGCAUUAGACUGGAAGUCAGAGUGCUCAAAUCAGACACGAGCAGAACCUUUGAACGAAAUCGCAAAAACAUUUACAGAGACAGCGAGGAAAUCGAGAGCCGCUCAAUUUCUUAGUUUGCAAGAACAAUUACAAAGACCGGUCGACCAGGAAUUCUAUUUUAACAACGACAUCAAUUAUUCACCUUAUUACAUUGAAAGAGUGGUUAGCAGAGACGGAGAAGUGCACGUGAUUCGCAAAGACGUGAAAACGGAAUUUGAAUGUUCGCGUCAAGGGUAUUUUAGGCACCCUAGUGGUUGUAACAGAUUUUACCGUUGCGUUAAAUUCGACCAACAAUCGAAUUAUUUCACAGUUUACGAGUUCGAUUGCCCCGACGGCUUGGCUUUUGACGAAAAAGUCGAAGUAUGCGUAUGGCCAGGAUCUCUGUCUGACGGCGGAGCGUGUCAAGGUUCCAGUGAAAUAGCUCCUGUCCCUCGAAACCAGUUCGUCUGCCCACCAGUUGAAGGGUACUAUGCAGAUCCUGAAAACUGCCGAUGGUUUUUCGCUUGUCUCGACCACGCUAAAGAUGGCUACACUCCACUUACCCCUUACGAGUUUAGAUGUCCAUUCGGAUUAGUUUUCGACGAACGAUCGUUGAAAUGUGACUGGCCGUGGAAAGUAGAAGCAUGUGGAAAUUCUGGAAAAUCAUAUUAUGGAGAACAGCCUUAUCAGCCGAGUCAACAUCAAUUUAACGGGUUACAACAAACGAGUUCAUUCCUUCCGCACGGACAAUUUUCACCUGAACAACCGCGAUUAUCAUAUGGAUCAGUUGAUUCUUACAUUACUUCACACCAGCCCAAAUUGCAGUAUGCGACAACAAGUGCACCUCAAUUUGCGUACAGCUCGACAGAAAAAUACGUGACACCGAGUCAUAAUCAAUUCUUAUACGCAUUAACAGGAACUACGCCUAAUAAGCCACCAUUCUUGUAUACCUCAACCGAAAGAUAUCCGAGCAGCACGAUUAAACCUCAGUUUGUUUAUGAUUCAGCCAAAAACUACGUGACGCCAAAUUAUCCACAAUCUGGUUACAGCUCUACACAAACCUACGUCACUCCAAGUCAACCUCCAUUCGCAUAUGGCUCGACUGGGUCGUAUUCUACGACUAGUGAGCUUCCGCUUUACUAUAGCUCAACGGCAGGGUAUUCUAGCAGUACAGCCAAACCUCAGUUACCACAUAUUUUACCAGUCACGUAUGCUUCCACCGGCAAACCAUAUCCAUCAUCUUAUAGUGAACCGGAAACGUAUGUAGUUCCGAAUCAAGCCACUUUCCGUUUGAACGAUUACAGCCCCGAGCAUAGUAGAACGCCGGCAUCUUAUGGGAUACUUUACCAUCAAACCCCUAGAACGGAAACGGGUCCGACAUACCCUACUGGCGGCAGUUCUGGCGUACUUCUCCACCAACAAAAUAAUUUCCGAAGCAUACCGGUCAAUAACAAUUAUGAUUCUCACAAGAACGAUAUCCAGUAUCCGCCAAUUAAAGAUUUCGAACUAUACUCUACCUCUGAAAAACCGUUGCUCAAAUUACCGGACGUCAGAUUGUACACCGCUAGCCAACCGAGUGCUUACCCGAGUUCAACAUCUACGCCAUUUGUCGAUUCCUAUUCUGUUCUGACAAACGGCAACAAUUACGAUUCUCGUAAAGACCAAGAACAAUAUCAGACAUUCAACAACAUUGCAGCAUCUUAUUCAACGACCCAAAGACCCGAAGCGCCCAUUUACUCACAACCCAAUGUUUACUUGAAACCAACUUCUCGCCCGUAUGUGAGCGAAUCGUACAAGGAUUCAAAUGACGGCGCAAACGCACAAUAUUCUUCCACCGGUGCGCCAUACGUGACUACCCCGUCUACCAUUAGUUAUAGCGACUACGGCGUUUCCUCUACUUCACCGAAACCGUCCGAACACGAUAACAAGUUAUACCAAGAUCAGUUCAAGUCUGGAUUUAAUUUCGAAGAUUAUCUGUCGAAAUUAUCUAGUCAAUCGUACCAACCCACUACUCCUGCAAUCGACUAUACGCCAUCAGUCGGUGUACGCGGCUACGAAGAAUCUUCAUCCACCUACUCUACUACGUCCAAGCCGACUAUACAAUACUACAAGGCGUCCGCUCCGAGUUCGCACAUCUUCAAAGCGAUUUCUCCAAAUUCAUACGCCGACGAUACGUCUCGGAAAAUAGAACCAUACUUCGAUCCUAGUAGUGCCAACCAUUAUACUCCAUCGUCGCCGGCACUGUACACCCCGACUACGGUUAAACCGGUUAAAUUCAACAUAGCCGACUACAAGCUCAAGGUGCCAGAAGCGUCUGUAUCGCCGGAUUACGGUCCUUCGUCCCCGUUACCUUCGAACGUGGACUCCGCAUACAUCGAAGAACUCGUCAGAAAAUUGUCGGUUGCAAAUUCGCCGACCAGUGAAAAGCCGCUGUACAACGCAGGAGAUUACGAACCGAAUUAUUCUUUCGACAUCGACGAAUACCUGGCGAGACUUGUGGAAAAUUCCGAAUACUCGACGCCUCAAGUCAGCGCCAACGUUCAACCUUUGCCCACGGCGGCGUAUGUAUCAACGUCCACCGAACCCCCGAAGACGUUCGGCCAAGCAACGUAUUCGUCGACCACGUGUAAACCCGAAGCCGCAGUGACCGUGUCCGCUCCUAAAUACCAGUACGUACCGUCUUUGGAAUCCGUGUUCAGCGUAAAACCCGUAUCGUACACUCAACGACCGGACCCGUUGGUCGGUUACUCGAGCACGGCUUCCAACCUCAUUGAUUACUAUCAUAACGUGCACGACUCGUUGGACUCGGCGUACCGCGCACCGUUCCCCAGGUAUUAUUCACCGUCUUCGGGCAACUCGCCGUACAACUAUUCCCUGCCCAGGCAAUACGAAAAGGAUGCCGGACAUGUUUCGCACGGCGGAUAUCCCUUGUAUCCUCUGCAACCGAUCGUCGUGGAACCGGUCAGCGCCGAGCUGAAUGCCGAAUUCGAACGUUAUUACAUGGCGGCCGUCAGACGGCAUUUGCAGAGCGAAGACGACGGCAAAGUGUCGGUCGACGGAGAUUCCAAUUCUCUGCUGGUCGGCAAGUUGGGCGCGCAAUGCGAUUGCGCCAAAAAGAACAAGCCGACGGUGGUGACCACGACCACCAGGACAGUGAUCGAAACUGACGACGAUGACGAUCUGAAAGCAGUGAGUGUCAAAGAAGUGGAAAGUAACACCAAAGUGAUUUUGGAACAAGUCAGAAAACCGACGAAGGUAAGGUCGUGCACCCGCCCCGGAUUGUUCAGAGAUCCAAAGCAGUGUAACAAAUUCUAUUCUUGUAACUGGGACAAAUGGACGCAGAAAUAUGAGCUCAGCGAAUUCAAGUGUCCCAUUCAUCUGGCUUUUGACGAAAACCUCAGCGCUUGCAACUGGCCGUCCAAAGGGCCUGCCUGCUCGCACGAUACGCUCAUUACAUACGCGAAUUAGUCUUAACACCAUUAAAGUUAAAACGUCUCUUAAAUGUAAAUAAAUGUCUUAGAGUCCCCCGAAUAACCUAAACCGCACAAAACAAUAUGUAAAACACGUUUCAGUGUUAACAAAAAAAAAAAUCCAUUUUUAACUAAAUAGGUUUUAGAAUUUAUUAAUUUUCCAGAAGGCAACGGAAAUUAUUAAGAGCGCUUAUACUUAACCUGAAUUUUCGAAAAACGUAGUUUUAACAUGUAAUUAAAUAUAAUAUGUGUCCAUUGUAAAAUUGUAUGAAAUCUUUAAUUAAUUAGACUUGAAUGUAAUUUAUAACUAUUGUUAUUUUCUUCUUUUGCGUUUGCUUUGUGUAUCUACUCUUAAACUAAUUUAGUAUUAAGCAUGUAUUUUAUUUUUAUUUUAUUACCAAAAUGAAGAAACGGUUUUCUUCGAGAUUAGUUCGAUUUUUUAGUAUCUUAUCUGUGCAAUAAAAAAAACAUUAAACAUUUAAAAACCUAUCAAUUGGAUCAUUGCUUAAUUAUUCUAUUUCAAUCUCCCGUUCCGUUAUUAUGUAAUAUUAUGUAGCUUGUCUAUUUGUAAACAAUAAAUGUAAAUAAAAGAUAACCUAUUAAAUUAGGUUCAAGGACACCAUUAAUUGAACUUGGUCCAUCUUAACAGAAUUACAACUAAAACAAUUAACGGGAUUUGUUAUUUAUUUGAA